GACAAUGAGGGCACCACUCCUGGGCAGAACAGGAGGGAGCCACUGCCUAACCCUUCUCCUGGCAACUGUGCAAGGCACGGGGGAAGGUGGUUCACACCCUGCUCCUGUCCAUUUGCAGCCCACAGCCUGGAGUUUGGACUUGGAUCAGAGUUUCGGGCUGCUCGCUAAUCACUAGGGCCCUGGAAGCGUGAAAGCAAGUGCCUUCAGUCUCAGUGCUGCCUGUGUUCUUGCAGGCCAGACCCCCCCGGUGGCACAAGUAGGCUUGCCCAUCCUCUGAGAGUCAAGGUGUGAGUUCGGCGUGCACCAUGUCCUCCAAGAAACUGGUGAACUCGGUUGCAGGCUGUGCCGAUGACGCCUUUGCCGGCAUGGUGGCCUGCAACCCGGGCCUGCAGCUUCUGCAAGGCCACCGAGUCGCCCUGCGCACUGACCUGGACAGCCUCAAGGGUCGGGUGGCAGUGCUGACGGGUGGGGGCUCUGGCCAUGAGCCCGCCCACAUCGGGUUCAUAGGGAAGGGGAUGCUGACGGGAGUCAUCGCGGGAGCUGUGUUUGCCUCCCCGGCCGUGGGUAGCAUCCUGGCAGCCAUCAGGGCGGUGGCACAGGUGGGCACAGCGGGGGUUCUCCUCAUUGUGAAGAACUACACGGGGGAUCGGCUGAACUUUGGCCUGGCACGGGAGCACGCCCGGGCUGAGGGCAUCUCGGUGGAGGUGGUGAUCGUGGGUGAGGACUGCGCCUUCAGCGUCCUGAAGAAGACAGGCCGGCGGGGGCUCUGUGGCACUCUGCUCGUCCACAAGGUGGCAGGCGCCCUGGCCGAAGAAGGUGUGGGACUACAGGAAAUCACAGAGCGGGUGAACGCAGUUGUCCAGGGCCUGGGCACCCUGGGAGUGAGCCUGUCCUCCUGCUGCGUCCCCGGCUCCAAAGCCACCUUUGAGCUCUCAGCCAAUGAGAUCGAGCUGGGCCUGGGGAUCCACGGGGAAGCUGGUGUGCGCCGGAUCAAGAUGGCAACUGCCGAGGAGAUCGUGACCAUCAUGCUGGACCACAUGCUGAACCCCUCCAACAUCUCCCAUGUGUCCGUGCAGUCUGGCUCCACGGUGGUGCUCGUGGUCAACAACCUGGGUGGCCUGUCCUUCCUGGAGCUGGGCAUCGUAGCAGGCGCCGCAGUCCGUGCUCUGGAGGGCCGUGGGGUGAAGAUUGCCCGAGCCCUGGUGGGCACUUUCAUGUCCGCCCUGGAGAUGCCCGGCGUGUCUCUCACCCUCCUGCUGGUGGACGAGCCCCUCCUGAGACUGAUAGAUGCUGAAACCACCGCCCCGGCCUGGCCUAACUUGCCCAAGGUCUCAGUGACGGAGAGGAAGCAGAGCCGGCCAGCCCCUGCUGAGCCCCCGGAGGCCUCCGAUUCUGUCGACACAGGAGGUUUAGCCCCCAGGGGCCUGGUGUGUGUGCUGGAGCAGGUGUGCAACACCCUCCUGGACCUAGAGGAGCAGCUCAAUGAGCUGGAUCGGGCCUCAGGCGAUGGCGACUGUGGCACCACGCACAGCCGCGCAGCCAGAGCCAUCCAGGCCUGGCUGAAGGAGGGACCACUUCCUGCCAGUCCUGCCCAGCUCCUCUCCAAAUUGUCCCUCCUGCUGCUGGAAAAAAUGGGGGGCUCCUCGGGAGCUCUCUAUGGCCUGUUCCUGAUGGCUGCUGCCCAGGCGCUGAGGGCCAAUAAUACUGACCUCCCCAGCUGGUCUCGUGCCAUGGACGCUGGCCUGGAGACCCUGCAGAAGUACGGAAACGCAUCCCCGGGGGACAGGACAAUGCUGGAUUCUCUGUGGGCGGCAGGACAGGAGCUCCAGGCCUGGAAGAAGCCAGGCGCUGACCUACUCCAAGUUCUGACCAGAGCUGUCAAGAGUGCUGAGGAGGCCGCUGAGGCCACCAAGAACAUGGAAGCCGGGGCUGGGAGAGCCAGUUACAUCGCCUCGGGGAAGCUGGACCGGCCAGAUCCUGGAGCUGUGGCAGCAGCUGCGAUUCUCAGGGCCAUCCUGGAGGGCCUGAGAAGCAACAAGUGAACCUCAUUCCCCGCUCCCUCAGCCCAGGCUCUUGGGCAGGGGCCUAGCAGGAACCCCUCUGCGGGCCCAGAACCCACUCCUGGGUGGAUCCACUGCCUUGUUACCCGUAGGAGGGUGGGGUUCCAGGAUCAUUCAAUGAUGUUUUCCCAGGGUAGCAAACCAGCCUUGCAGGCCUUUUGUUUGGCUUUUAAGACACCCCAUGAAGGGCCUUUGCCUGCCAACAGGAAGCAACCUAAUAAACCACUUCGGAGCCAGA